AUGCUCGGACUUCUGCCUUACGGUGUACUGGCCAUUGCUUCUGUUGCAGCAGCAUACUCUCCUACAGUCUAUCUCAUUCGACACGGAGAGAAACCCAGUGAUGGAGGAACUGGAUUGAAUGCACAAGGAGUCCAACGUGCACAAUGCCUUCGCAAAAUUUUCGGCGAGAAUUCCGAUUAUAAUAUCACCCAUAUUAUGGCGCAAACACCUAAGAGCAAUGGAAAACGCGCCCGUCCCCGCGACACCGUUAAGCCGCUGGCUGGAGAUCUCGGUCUCACUGUGGAUACGUCUUGCGACCGGGACGACCCAGAUUGCGUUAAGGACUUUAUCGAUGACUACGACAAAGAAGGCAAUAUACUGAUUUGCUGGGAGCACGAUACACUGACGGACAUCCUGGAAACACUGGGUGUCGAUGAUGCGCCACAUUAUCCCGACGAUAGUUUCGACCUCAUUUGGACCCUCCCGGCGCCUUACGACGAAAUGUCUCAGGAUACUUACGAGGAUUGCCCCGAAUUGGAUGAUUAA